CACAUAUAUAUAUAUAAUAAAAUAUUAUAUCAUAGAUUGUUUUUUUCCACCGUCCGGAUUGUCUGGGAUCUGUUUACUCUUGCAAGGAAAGUUAUAACAAUGUGUUAAUGUUUUUAAAUUAAUAUCAAUUGCACUGCGAUGGCUGCAGUUGCUCAUGGACUGUGUUCUAUAUUACGAUUCGAACCAUUAAAUAAUUAAUAUUGACAUAUAAUAUUCUACAUAAAUAUUAUUUUUUUACUUCUAUCAUAAAAACAAUUUCAAUAAUUAUGGAAGAACGAAGAGUAGUUGAUUAUUUUGUAGUAGUUGGAGCAUCUGGUGAACAAUCUCAAGAUGAUACUAACUCUACCCAUCUAAAGCAAAGUUUAUGUUCUGAUUUACCACCAAUUAUUGAUUUAGCUGUAGUGUUUCCUUCACUGGGUGAAAAGGUACCCCCUGGUUAUACACUUAUAGAGACAACUCCUACUGGUCUAGUAGCAGAUUUAAAUCAUGGAAGUUUAAGGAGUCCAGAAGUUUUUUUAUGUUACCGGCGUGGACGUAAUAAACCUCCUAUUGUCGAUAUUGGUAUUAUGUAUGAUGGCAAAGAAAGGGUGUUGCAUGAUGCUAAAGUUUUAAAAACAAGUGUUAGUGGUCAAAUAGCAAAUAUCAAUAACUCUACAUCAUCUCGUACUUUUAUAACUUAUCGAAGAGCAUCACCAACUGCACCAUGUAAUAUUUUAGCUGUAUCACAUGUAUGCAUAGUUAUAACCAGCCGAGGUGAAACACCACCUCAUGCAUUUUGUCUAAUACAUAAAAAUCUCAAUAAAGGUAUGGUUGGAUCUGAUGUUUACCUAUGCUAUAAAAAGUCUGUUAUGAAACCCAAGUCUAUUACCUAUCAACCAGUUAUUACUGAUCGGUAUCCUAAGACAGAUAGAAAUUACUUCCAUCUUCUGCCUUCAGUAGCUUUAUUUUGUUUACCCAUGGGAGCCACACUUGAAGCAUGGCCAGAUGAAGCAUCUCAACCAGACCCAAUAUUUUCAACAUUUGUUUUAACUGUUAGCGAUGCCUCAGAAAAAGUCUAUGGUGCUGCAAUUACUUUUUAUGAAAAGUUUAAUGGAAUACUUUCUAAUGAACAACAAAAAUUAUUAGGUUUAAAAGAUUCCUAUGAAUUAAAAAAAGGAAUAAGUUUGCAUGCUAAUAAGAGUGUGUGUGUUUUGUCACACUGGCCUUUUUUUGAUACUUUUCAAAAAUUCUUAAUGUUCUUAUUAAAGACUUAUCUUGAUAAACAAAUACCUAUACCUAUUGAAAGAUAUAUAACACAUUUGGUGGAUGAAGUACCAUUUCCUUCUCCAGAACGACCGCAGAUACUUGUACAAUUAUCAACWGACACCCAGCUUAUAUUAACUCAACCAGAAGAUUUACCCAUUCCUAGGAGGUAA